ACUAGUCAGAGAACGAGCGAGAAGCUAGUACUCUCAACUCAGAUUGAGCAGAGCUAAAGGGAAAAUAGCAGAAUAAAAACACCUUCUCCUGAUCAUCCUAAAACACAUUUCAAAUGCAUGGUAGCGGUUGCGUAGUUUAGUUGGGAUUCCGGAUUUAGUAAGGAUAGCGACACGUUUUUUUUUCGUUUCGUUGUUUUUCACUGCAGUAAGGAAAAAAACAGCUUGGUCGCUCCCCCCUCUCCAAGUCUAGAAUUUGAGAGGGAAGCUAUGCAAUGCAGGUCUCCGAUUGACCAGAAACACGGCAAGAGGGAUAUUUUUUGCAUCCAAGCUGGAUAGCUCGCCGAGAGCUUGCUAAACGUAUUUUAUCUUUGUUUUAUGUAGAGGAGCUGGGGAACAACUGACGGCAGCUCUGGGAUUUAGCGAACGCAUUGAUUUAACAAUCAACUGUUUUAUUAUUAUUUUGUACGUUUUCUAAUAACUCUGUUUUCAGUAACGUUAGACGCCAUUUUCGUGUUUUUUUUCUUUUUUAAACCUCGUUCUGUUUGACAGAUCGCCGGAGGAUGUCAUUUCAGCUGGUUAUCGUGUAAGUGUAUCUAACUGGAUUUUAAAUCAUAAAGACGAAAUCGUGACGAACAGAAGACUUGAGUGAACAACACAGCAUUGGACAUGGUUUCACCUCAGAAAAUUUGCCUUCUUAUUGGAUUUAUAGGCUUUCAGGAGCAAUAACAACGUCUGACACCUGAGCCCUCAUUGACUGGGAUAGCUGAGAGCGGUUGACUUGACAGGUUCACUCCUGGUAUCUGGUUCGCUCCUGGUCUCUGUGUCCCGAUUGAACAUCGGGAGCAUCGAUGGAGCAGAGAGAACUCACUGGCUCGACCCGGCCAAAGGGGGGUGAGGCUGAAUUCUACCCCCCUGGGUGUGCAGCAAGUCGGAGUGACCUCUCGGAGGGCGUGGGAAGCCACCUGCCCACCCCGGGGAAGGGGCUCCCUAUGGCGGGGGAGCGGAUGGACCCUGAUGAAGAGGACGACUUGGGGCUGGGCAGGGACGUGGACGACAACUCGAACCCGGACAGCGAGAAGUGGUCGCAGGGCGACGGGCUGGAGGAGCAGGAGUUCUCCAUCAAGGAGGCCAGCUUCUCAGAGGGCAGCCUUAAGCUGAAGAUCCAGACCACCAAGAGGGCUAAGAAGCCCCCCAAGAGCCUGGAGAACUACAUCUGCCCCCCGGAGAUCCGCAUCACCAUCAAACAGCCUGGAGAGCAGAAAGUGGCCAAGCAGGGCAGGAGCAGCGGCAAGGGGGGCAAGGAGGAGGACAAAGGGCCUCCCAAAAAGAAGACCUAUGAGAAACCCUUCAAGUCUGCUGAACAAGAUGAAAGUGAUCCGGUGAACUUCCUGGGAGAAUCCAUGAAACCAAAGCACCAACCUAAAAGCACUCUCAAGCACCAACUGGAUUGGACAAAGCCAACAGUUGGGGGGUCCUCAUCCCAAGGAAUUCUGACGGAUUCUGAAUCUAAAAGAGAUCCAACAGGCAUCAGUAAGAGUUCUCUGCCAGAUUCAACGAGCGCCAUUACCAAAACGCAACUGAAAAAGGUCCCAGAGAGCACAUCUCUAUGUCAUUUUGCCUCUGGUAUGUCCAGCCAAAUGACUGGCUCCCUAAUACAAUCAUCUUCUGCAGCUAAUGUACCACUGACUACACAACCAGAUAGUUGCCAGAUGAUGCUUACGACUUUGAGCAAAGAGAGAUGUUUACAGGAAGUUGCUGAGCAAGUAUUUGGGAACAUCAAGAGGAAGUAUGGCCGAAAAGACUCAAUGAGGAAUCUGAUAUCCCACAGCUCAGAUCACCAGUGGGGCAAAAAGGCAGAAAAGGACUUUGAAUCUAAAAUGCAAGACAGUGCUAAAGAGAAUCAAACACAUGAACCUGAGACUAUGGUAGAACCAACUGAUGGAGACACUGAGAGUGCUGGGAAGGACGCCAUGGAGGAGAGCGAGAUUCCAGCAGUAUCUGUUCCUCUGCAGAUAGAUGAGUCCAAAGGGUAUCCUGGGAGGAAGCGGCGUUAUCGACGAUCACUGAAAGACCAAAUCCCUUCGGAGGAUUUAACAGAGGAGAGUCAGGCCUCUGAAAUCACCAAAAAGAUUGACAGAGGUUUUACAGAGCCCAAAGCCCCCAGCAAACUGGAGUCGAGGACUGCAAAACUAGUGGUGGAGAGAGAGCAAGAGGCAGAGGAAGAGACUACAGUGACUGCACCUGACCUUGCUGAGAUAUGUCAGAGCAGACUGAGAAAGAACCCAGUGGGGAGGCCCAGAAUCGAUCCAAACAAGCAAAACGAUGUAAAACAGCAGAAGAUUAAAGAGAGGUGGUCAUAUCUGAAGACGAAGAACUCUGGUCACCAAAAAGACAGCAGUGGUCUAACAUCAACUGUGACAGAGCCUCCCUCAGCUUACCCCAUCACUCCCUCUAGCCCGCUCUACACAAACACCGACAGCUUGACAGUCAUCACCCCUGUUAAAAAGAAACGUGGACGACCGAAAAAACAGCCUUUGCUUACAGUUGAAACCAUUCAUGAGGGAACAUCUACCAGUCCUGUAAGCCCAAUAGCCAGAGAUUCACCUGGCACUGUGAAGAAACGGAGGAAGAGGCGUAAUUUAGCAAAACUGGUGCAAAUGACUACAGUCAAUGCAACCCCAACUAAACAAUUGAAACUCAAUAAAAAGGCUGGAUACAUUGGUGUCCUUGACAAGAAGACCAUUCAGACAGUUAACAAAAUGAAAUUGGUUAAGAUGCAGAACAUCUUGAAUGAAAUUUUGUCAUGUUCUAACAAAAGCAAUCUAGCUCUGAAGUCCAUGGCACCUGUGUCAAAUGCAGUGUCGACGAUGGCAUCAACAAUUGAGGCUCGCCUAGGCAAGCAGAUUAAUGUAAGUAAGCGUGGUACUAUAUACAUCGGCAAGAAGAGGGGUAGGAAGCCAAGGGCUGAUACGAAGGUCCAACAAGAUGAGCACAAAGCCAGUGAUAAGCACCCUGUGCCUGUUUCUAGCCAGUAUGAGAACCUAGUAGUGCCUUCUAAUCCACCACCCACAGCCGGGAUGCCUUCUCCCAGGGCUAUGCAGCCACUCUCUGCCCAAGCUGCUGGGGCUGGUGGGAUACUAUGCCCUGCCACCACGGAUACCAGCCUGCAGGACCUGAAGACCAUGCCAAAUCUGCAACCAAUCAGUGCAUUGCCCACAAAAGCACCCAAGGGCUUGCAUGGCAGCAGCUGGAAGCUCUCCCCCCCUCGACUAAUGGCUAACUCACCUUCUCAUCUCUCCGAGGUGGCUUCUCUGAAAGAGGUCACCUUGUCUCCUGUCAGUGAGUCCCACAGCGAGGAGACCAUCCCAAGCGAUAGCGGAAUCGGCACUGACAACAACAGCACAUCUGACCAGGCUGAAAAAGGCCCAGCAUCCCGCAGGAGGUAUUCCUUUGACUUCUGCAGCCUUGAUGCUUCUGAAGUCGCUGCGUUAGAGGCUUCCAGCAAAGCCACGAGAGGGCACUGUCCGAAGCAUGUCACUGCAGUGGCUGUAGAAAAUUUCCUUGCCCAGGAGAGCUUGAAGAAGCAGAAGCAUCGCCGAAAGCGCAAGGGUCUUCAGAGCCGAGAUGACAUUCAAUUUCUUGCUGACCUUGAUGAGCUUAUUGGCAAGUUCCAGGUCUUCCGAGUCUCCCAUCGCAGCUACAACUUCUACCACGAGAAUUCAUAUCCAAGCAUCUUCCGAAUCAACUUUGACCACUACUAUCCAAUGCCGUACUUCCCUUAUGACCCUCUGCACUAUCUGCGCAGGAAUUCGGAAAUCAAGUCAAAGAGGAGGCGUGGUAGGCCGGCUAAAGCCAAUGAGCCAAUGACGAAGAUGCCUUUCAUCCAAGGGUUCGGCUACCCGAUUCCCAGCGGCAAUUACUAUGCACCAUACGCAAUGCCUUAUACAUCGAUGCCUAUUGCCACCAGUAUGAUGAACUUGGGCUAUUAUGGUCAGUAUCCAGCUCCUUUGUACUUAUCCCACACCCUCGGGUCAACAAGUUCACCCUUCAUGAGGCCAGCAGUCCCACCACCCCAGUUCCAUUCAGGUGCACACGUCAAGUUGACUGCUGCCGCCAAACACAAAACCAAACACGGUUCCCACCAGAUAGCCUCUGCUGGAAUUGAUAAUGCCCAGCCUACGUUAGUUGCCCUCAAAGGUGGCAGCAGCAGCUUACCAAGUGUUCGGCUUCACAAACGCAAACACAAGCACAAGCACAAACACAAGGAGGAUCAGCUGUCUGGCUCCCAGAGGGAAGACUUGGGAGGGCUUUUCAGUGGCGCAAAGAAACCUGGUUUCCUAAGCCUCCUAAGUGAGAGGCAGGAGAUGGCAGACAAAGAAACCUCCUUGACUAAGCUGAAAGAUAAGCAGCGGAACCAGCAAAGCACAGACACUCUGUCAAGAAGCUCAAGGAACAUCUUUGAAGUGGACACCCUUUCCACUUUGUCCCUGUCUGACUCUCAGCAGUGCAAGCGCUCUCGUGAGCUAGGAGAAACCAUGGGUGACCUCCACACCGCCUGCACCCGCCGGCACUCAGAAAGCUUGCGGUCCAGGCAUGAGCUGUCCUCGGACCUGUUCGGAGGGGUACAGCCUUCUCGGGAGGAGGAACCUGGCAUCCGUGGCAGAAGGCGGAGCUUGGAGAGCUUUGGGAUGUACAGGGAACAAAACGUUGUGCCAUUCAAAAAUGUCAGGAGGGAGAAGGCGCAGCAGAUGUUCCAUUGCCCAAGUCCUUCAUUAGCAGAACAUAAUCCGCUCAAAAAGAGGUUCAAGCGGAAGGAGAUCGAGGAGAUUCAGUGCGAAGUGCGCAAGAUCCUCUCCACCAAGAAGAACCUGGAUCACGUCAACAAGAUCCUGAAAGUCAAGAGGCUCCAGAGGCAGGCCAAAACCGGCAACAACAUCGUGAAGAGGAGGCGGGGGAGGCCCAGGAAGCAGCCGCUGCCCCCGGACGAGGAGGAGCCCGCCAGCCAGAUGCCCGUGCUGGAGAGGUGCGUUGACCUCCCUGGGAAGAGGAGCCUCCGCGCCGGCCUGGCGCCCGAGCCCCUGGAGUUCUCCAACCACGACUCCAUCAUGGACACCAUCGAGUCGGUGGUCCACAUGGCCCGGUUGCAGCCCAAGCAGCCGCCCGCACAUGCCGGCAAGCGCUGGCACAAGUCGCCGGAGGAGGUGCGGGCCAAGCGGCCGCGGAGGUGUCGGGGGAGCAAGAAAGAGGAGGCUGGCGCGACGGGGAGAAAGCCUGGCAGCUCUGGCCUUUCACUGGCCGAUUACUGAACGGUGUGCUCGGCGACCGCGAAUCCUCCUUGCACUUUGGCCUUCGUUGUUGUUUUUUGUUUUGUUUUGUUUUGUUUGUUGUUUUUUUUUUGUCAUACAGCUAUUAUGGGCAUUCUUGGAGGAUUCAGACGAAGAAUGUUUGUCAUAUUUGCAGAGCUGGCGUUUUGUGUCGAACACACGUACCGGACCACGCACUUCAGAAGCAGCUCUUUUCUGUCUGGAACUGGUGUCCCUCAAAGGUUUGCUUUACAUCAGCCGUUUCCCUUUGUUCACAAUAUCUUGUAACUGUGGCUCUGCCAUACCUUUACCAGCAAGUAUUGAAAGGAUUCAUUUGCUCAUACUGUGGUUACUUUUGCCUUGGAUUUCUAACCCUGUCAAAGCACAGUGUAUUCAGUGCAUUGACCGUUAUUAUUUUACACCAGUAAACCUGCCCACUUGCUCAAGAUUGCUGUGAGCAUGGGCAGGCGGCAAUACCUUGGAAUAAAGACCUUUUUGGAGGAUGUUUCCAAAAGGCCUGACUGUAUAUAGGAACAUAUUCUUCAUACAAUACAUGCCUUUUCUCUGUACAACAUGUUUCAGAAAGUAUUUUUGACUUACUGACUUAUGAGAAAUAGUGAAGUGUUGUACCCUGGAAAAUGAAAGUUGGGUAUUAUUUUAACCAAAAAUUGAAAUGGGUGUGACUCGAGACAAGUUUGUUUUCAGAUGAAAGAAUCCACUUUCAUUCAUCCAUUCAUUCAUUCAUUCAUUCAUCCAUUCAUUCACACUGUAUAUGAAGUGGGUACGCCACAUAUAUGGAAGUAUCAGGCUUGUUGAUUGCAGUAAGUAUCCAGUUCUCUUAAUUUAGUUUUACUUUAUUACUGGGAAAAGAAUAUUGCCUACAUGGAAAAUAGUAAUUAAUCAAUUACAGCACUUAUAUAGUUAAUUAAGCCGUACUUCUUUUGGCAAGCAAUUUCAUAGUUUCUAAUACCAAUUUGCAGAUUCCCUGUUCACUAACAUCCAUUCCCAACGUGUUCAUUACUUCGAAUAAUUGGAUUGACAAAAUGCACAGUUCAGGCGUUAGGGGUUAAGAAUGCAUUUUAUAGGUCUUAAAUCUUCCCUGCAACCUGUAAUUUUUGUGUUUGCAGUAAGUGCGAAAGUAAGGAUAAUUGGAUUGCUUUUCAAGCACACUAAACGGAACCCAAACUGAAAAGAAUGAAAAGCACAGUGUUACUUAUGCUAAAUAACCUAAUAUCAAAAUAUAAAAUAUGCCAGAGCUCUUAGGGAAGACUGGCCUAUUACGUUCUAUACCAGAUUCCCUGUGAUGACCGGUCACUCUUAUGUAGUACAAUGUCGUGAUACACGAACAAACACCCUUUAAAAUCAAGUAUUAAUAUCUAGAAACCAAAGUUUCAAACAUAGGUGUGUCUCUGAGGGUUUUGGAUCUUCAGUCUCGGGUUAGUAUUGUCUUACAUGUGGCACUAUGAGCUUGUGAUGUAGCUCACCAGGGCAAAAUGGCAAUAGUCAAAAUCUUAAAGAACCAGGAAAUCAAGCACUAUGUUGUAUUCACAUGAUAUUCCUUUUAGCCUAUAAAUAGCAUUGAAAAAACAUUGGCUUGUACUACAUCCUUGAUACUUCCUUCACCCCUUGUGUCAGUUUAAGAAAAUGUGGCAUUCCAUGUCAGUUUUUGUUUUAGUUGUUGGUUUUGAUGGGAGUCGAGCAUGGAAAGAAACAAUCAAUUAGCAUUUUUCUUCAUUUUGAAAAUCCUUUCAGUACAUUUCCUAGUAGCUCUUCAUUGAUGAGACUAUUGAAUUUGAGUCUCAUAGCCGUUAUGCACGUGCCUUAUGUUUGUUUCCCAAUGCAUAACAUUUGAUUUGGAAGCAUUUAAAAACACCCCGUAAGCUGUCCCAUGUGAUCAUAAACCACAAAAACAUGAAUGUACAUUCAGGUUCCUGUUACCAUCAGAACAUCGGUACCAACCCCUGUCCCAUGAGGCCUCGGCUUGCAUUGGAUUCUGCGGAUCUCUGAAUCCUGGGAAAAGAAUUUACGUGGACUGGUUAAGCAAAUUAUUGAAAUCAGUAAUAGGAUCAAUCAACGUGGUGCAAAGCAGCAGUGCGCUGUGGUGCUCUGGGACAGGAAGCAUACACCCUUGCCCCAUACGAAUAAAGCACUCCCUUUGCUCUCCCCUCGUGCUUGUUGUUGAACAUAUGUUGUUUGUUUGGUGGCGUUCCCACUUCCUCGUUUGCUAUGCAUCAGGUUAUACCAGCAAACACGAUGGGCGGACAGAGACUUCCCAAAACCUGUUGGGUCAAUCCGUGAUUUUAGCUUUCCGUUUUGGGUCCACCCUUUGACAAAGAUGAUUAAGUGGUCUUAUUUAACUUAAAGAAAUGUAAUAAGAUGAAUUAUAAUUUGAAUUGCUAAUAUUAAUAACAAUUUGUAAAUUGUGCAAAAGGUGACUAUCAUUGCAGCUAUUGUUACUGCAAAGAACCGGAAUGUUCUGUCUAUCUGCAGUGGAGCCUUAAUCUGAAGUUCAAUUCAACUAAAAGUCAUUUGUAAAUAGUGUAAAAAGUACACUGAUCUCACUGCAUGGAUGCAAGCUGUGCUCAACAUAAAUGUGGGACUGUUCAGCCGUCAAGGUGUCCGAGUGAGGCCCAAGCAGGGCUUUCACGCCUGAAAUAUUGUUCAAAGCUGAGUACUGUCGAGACUGAAGUCGAGUUGUGCCGUUUCUCAGCCAAGAAAAAUAAGUUGCAUUGGCUCGCGGCUAUUCCCUUCAGUCUGUGGUACAGAAACAGAGCAUGCAGGUCUACUUGGUUUGGGAGUGGUUCUGAAUACCCUUGGAAAACAUUGCCAAAAAUAAAGAAUUAUGUCCAUUAAACAGUAUUUAAUCCUGAGCCAUUCAAAAUACGGUUUAAAAGUUGAAUCCGAAUGUCUUUUGUUUUUAACCAAAAUAGACAAAUUAUAAAAUGAUUACCAUUGAUGUUUAUUGCUCUUCAGGACCUUAAAGUAGGAACAGAUAGAGUAUGGUAAAUGGACUAGCCAGAUCACAAGAAGCAUUGCUCUUAGCCAGCUAGUGGUUGUUGAAGUCUAAAACACCAGAUCAUUCUUUACUCUACCAGCCGAUGUACCGGUGCCUUCUAAAGCUGAAUUGUAUUCUCUUCAUCUGGUUUUUAAACUUAAACAUGGUAAAGUAAGGUCAAUUUGAUGUUAAGGACUCUGCUUUUACAUAUUUGAAAUGUGAACUGAUCUGUCCGUGUAUCGUGGAAUGAAUUGGCACUACACAAAACCAAGGUCUAACCAGACUGUGAAACACUAAAGGCUGGAAGCUGAUUAAAAUCUUUCUGCUCACAUGAACACAG